UAUCCACAUAAAGGAGGUAGUUGUAUUUACUUUGUCAUGCUGUAAAGGUUUCACACUGGAUCAAUCAUGGAGGAAAGCUUCCCUUUCAAGUACUCUUUAUUGGAAUACCUGUUUACAUUAGUGGGAUUUUUUCUUUUCCUGCUGGAUAUAGCGCUGGACAUUUGGACUGUUGUGUUAUUUUAUCAGGAAGGGGCAUAUGUGUAUAUGGCGGUGAUGAUCUUUCUGCUGCUGGGCUCUUCAGUAUUGUUACAGGUGUUUAGCUGGGUCUGGUACUCAGAUUUCCUGAAGACUAAGCUUAAGACUAAGGUGGAGGAGAUUAAGCUUGAGACUAAGGUGGAGGAGACUAAGCUUGAGACUAAGGUGGAGGAGACUAAGCUUGAGACUAAGGUGGAGGAGACUAAGUUUAAGCUUGUGACUAAGGUUGAGAAAUUUGCUAACGGGCAUAAACUGAUCAAACCACUCCACUUCCUUCAGCUUGGAGUCUACCUCAGGUAUGCUGGGGUGAUAGAGAUUUCCACAAUACUUUUUCGUAACAAAACAAAUAGAUUCACAGAGGGUGUGGCUGUAUUGCUGAACCAGGACCUUCAGAUGCUUCGUCUCUUUGAGGCAUUUUCUGAAAGUGCCCCACAACUCAUACUUAUGAUGUGUAGAAACUUACAGAGAGGAGAGCUGGAGCUUAUUACAGGUUUAAAAAUCCUCUCAUCAGCUGCUGCAAUAGCCUUUACCGUAGCCUUGUACCACCGCAGCAUGCGUUCCUUUCUUCAAGAAAAACGCAAGAUGAGCUGGAUCCCCACUGGCGUCUACUUUCUGUGGAACUUGUUGCUGAUCAUUCCCCGUGUAACCGCUCUGGCACUCUUUUGCAGUGUAUUGCCAUGCUACAUCAUAGCCCACUUCCUGUCUUUGUGGAUGCUGCUGGUUUUAGGGGUCUGGAGCCAAAAAACAGAUCACAUGGAAAGUCCUGGCUGGGAAUGUCUCUUCAGAGCUUGUGUUGGACUCAUCUGGUACUUCAGCUGGUUUAACGUAUCAACAGGAAGCAUGAAAAUAAAGACUGUUCUCUAUAAUGGUGUCAUGGGGUUGGACACAAUGAUGCUGCUGGGCUUCUGGUGCUGGAAGGUGUUUGAGUAUACAGGCUGUUGGAGCUCCUUAAAUCCUUACAUAGUGAUCCCGACACUACUAGGUUUGUACCUUGUUGGAAUUCUUGUGAAAAUUAUAUACUACACAUGGUUCCAUCCUAACUGUGAUGAGCAGAAAAUAGUUAAGCCCAGUAAACAUCAGAAGAAUAGACACAAUAUAAGAUAUUAUCGCAUGAAUAUGGAAUCUGAAAAUAGAGCUCCUGUUCAACCUAAAGAUGGGGCUCUUGCUCAACCUGAACCUGUCACUGGUGUUCUGAAGAGGGGGAUGAACAUGGCUGCUAAUUUCUACUACUAG